GUUAGUUGCAGUUAACGAAGUUUGAUAAUUGUACAACGAAGUACCUAACCUAUUAUAUUACUUAUAAGUUCACCAGACUAUCGAGCCUCUUACUUACUUUUUAAGAAAAGGAAAUACCUACAACCGCCGUUACAGCUUUUGGGCACCUAGGUAAUAUAGUUAGUUAGAAUGGCGUUAGUAGACUACUCGUCUGGCUCCGAGUCUGAAGCCGAGGAAGCGGUAGUAUCUGCGGCUAAAAAGCAAAAGACAUCGCAUAGCAAGACAUCGGCAGAGCCAGCUGCUGCACUCCCGCCGCUCCCCGAUGCAUUCCACGACUUAUACGCGUCUACCGUGCGGGUGAGCACAUCCGACGACCCAGCGCUGCACCAGGGCCGUAAACGCGUGAAUCCGCAUAGAGCCGGCAGCUGGCCGAGCCACCUGUACAUCGAGUGGCACCCCACAACUUCCCAGCGCAACAUUCUCUCCGCCCUACUUUCAGAUCUCCAGAUAGCACUCGCGCCCCUAUCAGUGAGCAUCACCUCCUUCCUCACGUCGGACCUAGGCGCUCCGCAGCCGCUGCACAUCAGCCUGUCGCGGCCCGUCGUGCUGAGCACCGCGGAGAAAGAUGAUUUCCUAGAGCACUUGGUCGCGCGCAUCAAGAGCAGCGGCGUCGGGCCCUUUGACCUCGCGCCGCGGGGUUUAGAAUGGCAUCGCACGAGCGAGUCGGAGCGCUCGUUCCUGGUACUCAGGGUGGGGAGUGCUGCUCCCUCUUCCUGUGUUGUUGCUUCUGUUCCAGAUCCCACAACAACUGGUGGAAAGGGGGGGAAUAGUAGCAAAAGUAAUGGAGGGAAAGGAAAAGGGAAAAGGAAAGGGAAAGGGAAAGGGGGAGAAAGCGGCGCCAAAGCAGACGCACCUACCGUCGGCCCCUCAGAUAACAACCCACCCCCAGCAUCUCCGUCCCCAACGCAGCAGCCGCAGCCGCACAACCCAGAGCUAGCAGCCCUCCUCCAGCGAUGCAAUGCUCUAGUGCAAGAACACCAACAACCACCUCUCUACGCCUUCUCCGGCGGCAGCAGCGACGACGCCUUCCACAUCUCCGUAGCGUGGUCCUUUGCCGCGCCCUCGCCCGAAAUUAAGCGACAUACCGAGCGUGUAUUCGCGGCAGGCCCGCAAGUCGAAGUGCUAGCGAUGCGGGUUCCGGUGCGCGGCGUGAAGGCUAAGAUCGGGAAUGUGAUUACGCAUGUCGAGCUGCCGGUGCGUGGGAAGAGGGGGGCUGGGCACGGAUAGCUGGACUAGGAAGAGGACUGGGGAGUUACUUAUAAUAAAGCACUUGAUUACGGGCAGGUAUUGAAGAGCAGAUGCAGACAGCCUUUGCUUAGUGUGGCAAUAAGGAAGGAUACGAGACGAGACAUGGAUAUAUGUUUAUAAAUGCUAUGUGAUACGUUAUUCUGCCUGCACAUAUACUAGUGACAGGACCUUAAUUGUUAUAGACAUGAUAAUAUAAUCCCAUUUCUGUUCUGUGGUCUGCAAAUACCAUCCUAUCCACAAAUCAAACGCCAAAAACUCCGCC